CCUGUGUAUAGACCAUUGAUUGUGUUAAGGUAGCAUUUAGGAUGGCUUAGCGCCUGCUGAGCUUUCUGCCUUCACAAUUAUCACUGAGUUGUUCUAAGUGAGAAGCAUCCACUUUGUUCUGGCUCGGACACUGGGACAGCCCACUUCCACACGUUAUUCUAAUAUAUUUAACAACCAGGCUCUUCUCCUUUCGCACAGAACAGGACAGACAAUGAAGACAGUCACUGAAAACCAGGAGCUCUGUUGGCGUAACUGAGACCAUCAAGGACGGGCACAAGGACAAAGGCCCGGCUGCCCAUGGACAAGGCUGGUUUCUCAGAGCGUAAGGCUUCCAAGCAACGGGAGGACUUCCCUGACGAUGGGGGUUUCUCCCAAACUAAGCUACACGCUGAUCACAAUUUUUCCUCGGAAAACAACAUCCUGGGUGUCUCAGAUCAAGUGAUUCCAACAGCAGAGGACCCUCAAGAAAGGGCUGCCCAUGAAGGGACGUGCAGAAAUGCAGGCGCAUUUAUGACUCUGGGUAAAAUGACUGAACACGCUGCCAAGAAAAAAUCUGAUGAAGAGCAAUGCUGCCUCCCAACUCUUCACAUCCCAGCUAAGAAAGGGGAUCGUUCAAAGUCAGACCUUUCUGAUGUUUUACAGCAUCAUCUUUCCAAAGAGGAGCUUUUAAAAGGCCAAGGCAGUCCUUGUGAAACUCUCCCAGAGGUCUCCAGGGCGGACAGUCUUGAUGAAGCCAUUGUUAAAAGUUUUAUUUUGCGUUAUGUUAAGAGUUUUUGGCCAAAAGAACCAACCCCAGAACUCGCUGACCAGCUCAACCCCCCGAGGGAGGAUGACAUGGGCAGUGAGCCCAGCUGUUGCCCCACCAUGACAGCAGAAAACACCUCUGAGACAGAAGAGCCAGUGGCUGCUGGAGACGGCAGCCUUCCACAAAGUUCCACUUUUCUAACUAAAUCCAAGAGUCCAAGCAAUAAACAAAAAGGCUGCCAAGAGCAGAAACUGCAGACAGAAAACACAAGAUCAGGCCCUGGGUUCAAAUAUGGCCAAGUCUGUUACCGGUUCUCUGAUCGCUCUAGUGUUGCUCCCCAAGGGAAAAUCCCUAAAAAUAAUACGAUUGAUAAACCACUUCUAACAGAUAAACAAGCCAGCUUUUCUCCUGAACUGAGAGCUGGGUUAGCUCUUGGGCAAGAAAUUCCAGAAGGCACGGCUAGGCCAGACCGUGCUGAGAAGGAAGAGCAGGAAAGGAAGACUGGGGACCCCUCCCAGCAGACAGAGGUGCAAGAAUUUUCCAGAAGCCUAGCACAGGACUCCCCCGGCCACGAGCAAGACGAGAGGCUGAUGAAGCCUGCAACACACAGCCACCAAGAACAUCUCACAGGAACAGGAUCCGAGACACGCCUCUGGAAGCUGUCAUCAACCUCUCAGAAAGACCCUUUCUUGAGUUCUUCCAUAUUCCAGAAGAUAUCCCAAGGGAGAGAAAUGUGCCAGAAGCUAAAAGAACAGACUGAUCAGCUGAAGACUAAAGUGCAAGAAUUUUCCAGAAGCCUAGCACAGGACUCCCCCGGCCACGAGCAAGACGAGAGGCUGGAGCUGCAGAAACUGCAGGCACAUCUGGAACUGCUGAAGCAGGAGUUUGUGGCUGAGAAGCAGCUGACUUUGGAACAGCAAGUCCACAAGCCUAAAUCCCCAGCUGUCAGUGACUAUGACCCCAAAAGGAAAGCGGAAGGUGAAGUCUCCAGGAUGGAGAUGCUACUUGAAGAUGUUGAAGGGAAGGUUGAUGAAGGCAAACACACUUCAGCUGGCUCUCUUCCCGAGAGUUCUCCAACCCUCCCAGGUGGCCUGCCAUCCGCAUCCUCUCCACCCUCAGAUGAGGCCCAGCUGCGGAGAAGUCAUUCAAACACGGAAAAAGCUAUCUGCACAAUGCUGCUUGUGCAGGCACUGUUUAUCAUGGUGAGAAAGGACCCCCGCCACACCUCCGCCUCCGGAAGGCAGCAAUGUGCAGAGACAACCGGCCGGAGCUGUGCCUUCUGCCACCGGGUCCUCGAAUGGAAGCAAACCCUGGAGAAGAAAGGCCACAGAAGGACCAGCUGUGGAGGGCUUCCCAUUGCCCUUCAGGAAAAGGCACCUCAUCCAGACUCACUUCUCAGUAAGUUGAGGGGGCUGGGGCUGUGGGUGCUCAGUCUUCAAGGUCCUUCCCUGUGGGGUCUGCUCAUGGUGGGCACCAGCUUGCCAUUGGCCACUCCAAAUAGCACUGGUCCCAGCACUGGGCUGCAGAGCAACACCUGCGAGACCUGUGGCACUAGGACUCCCAACUGCCCCAGAGGCGGCCGGAAAGAACCACUUAAAGAAUUUCAUUACAGAUACGACACCCCGGGACAGAAUUACUUAAAUCAUAGCGAAGGAAGAGCCUUCGUGCAGUUCCGCUUUUUAAAUGAAAAUAAGAAUUCUCCACCUUCUUAUUCAAAACCAAACUGGAUCUGUUCCCAGAGAGCAAAUUCAAAAUCCUCUCAAGAUGAGCGUGAGCCCAAACCAGGAAAAAAAAAACUUAAGGCUCCCAUGACCUCCACUUCAGACCUGGCUACAUCCUCCCCCCAUUUCCACUCUGGCAGGGUCUCUGGAAGCAAAUCCUUAAGCGACGUUAGCAGUGACGAAGAAACGAAAUCUGAGGGUUUAGCCGCGUCUCUGGACCAUGCCCUGAGGACAGCAAACAUUUUGAAAGAAACAACUGAUCAAAUGAUCAGAACUAUUGCAGAAGAUCUCGCCAAACUACAGAGAUGGAGGAAUCGAUUGAAAUACUAGUUUGAUGCAAGGUGACUGGGGAUUUGAGAAACAAAGAAAGGCAAAGAAAACUUAAUCUUCCCCUCAAAUUAUUUUACUUAUUACACAAUUUAGAAGGAUAAAUUUCUAGAGAAAAUGCCAAAACCAUAAGAAAUGGGGAACACAACGGUACUUAAAUGAGAAAAAAGGGACCUCUGAUUCUUAUACUCAAAUCAACAAGUAUUUAUUUUAAAAUAAAUCUGUUAUUCCUAACACAUAAUAAAAGAAAUUAAAACAUACUUUUAGUUAUUAGUAUGGCAAAAAAAAAAAGUUGGAAAACCCAGUAUCAGUGAGGCUGGGGGAGACAGGUACUCUCAGGCACUGAUGCUGGAAGUAUAAACUGGUGCAAAUUCUAUCAAAUUCGACAUGCACUUGACCUCGAGCAGCAAUUCCACCACUAGCUGUUUACUUCACAGGUGACUCACCCAACAGGCCAUGGUAUGUGAGGGAGGAUGGCCAUGCGGCACAGAUGGGAACAGACCCAACUGGAACUAAUCUAAACACCCAAUGUGGCCAUUCAUAAACAAAGAUGUCAGUCAUACAAUUAAGACUCUGCAGCCAGUGAAAAGAAUGUGGGUUAACCUUCAAGAUAGUGUGAGGGGGGAAGCACGAUGCCUAAUGAUGCACAGGUGUGAUCUUUCGUGUAUGGUCUUCAAAGGGCACACACACCACUGGAAAGCACACAGAAACACCGAGUGGGCCUCUAGGAAGAGGAACUGGGAGUUCUGCGGGGAAGUGGAGGGACUUUACAUUGACUUUCUGUAGUUCUUACAAAAUUCUCAUAAAUCAUUUGGUUGAAGAUCUCUUGAAGCCAGAAAUACACAAAAAUGACAGUCCUAGCUCUAGGUUCAUGAAAUUUGGGACAAAAGUGAAGACAAUUCAUUGUAACGGUGUAGUCAGUGGUUCUUUCCCUCUUUCCCGAGGCCUCCAUUCACUCCAAAGUCAAGAAAUGGCUUCCCGCUCCCGGGCUGUGCUCAGGGGAAGAGCUGGAUCAUUCCCACGGAGAGGGUUCUGUGCUGACCACGCAGCUGCUGUUGGUCCAGCUGGAGAAGGGGUUAUUUUUAACUCUGGGGCUUGGAAAUGAGUUUUGAUGCCUUGGGGGGGAGAGAGAGAGCAGAGGCCAGACUCAAGACUCCUCUGACUUUGUGGCCAAGUUCACGUUAGGCUGCGGCACUGUGAGGAAGAGUCAAGACUGUUGGUCGAAUUUUAAGAGGAAAAAAAUGGGGCUUAAACUGUAUACGUGCUCAGGGGCUUCUAGCUUCAUCACAGACCUAAACUCAUCACAGC